UCCAUUAAGACGAACGAUAAGACACGGCCAGGUUAAAAUCAUUAAAAACUCAUUUAGAUAAAUAAAUCAAGGCUAAUUGCAGACUGAAGCCGUUUUCUGUCAGCAUCUUCCUUUAUGUUCUUAUUUCGACAAAAAAAAUGAUGAUUCCCAUGAUGUUGGUUUCGGCGCUACUCGUUCAGAUGUUGUUCGUGUCGUGUCAUUGUUUUGUCCUAGAGACUGAUGCUACCGAUUGCCCCGUAAACUGUAGUUGCGCAGACGACUUUAUUUGUAGCAACAGAUCAUUACAAAUGGUGCCAUGGAUUCCAAAAACUCGUCGUUGCAAAAUAAGUCUGAAUGAUAAUCACUUAACUAACAUAGAAGCAGGAAUAUUUAAAAAUCAAAGUACUAGCCAAGUUUGUAAUUUAAAUUUUGAUAGCAACGAAAUUCAGACAAUAGCGGAUGGAGCGUUUGAUUGGAUUAGGAAUGCGUCGAUCACUUUCUAUUUAAGGCAAAAUAAUCUAUCGUCUAUCCCAAAGGCCUUCGAAAAUCUUUCGCAGUUACGUGCUUUAUACUUAAAUGAAAACCCGUUGAUGCAUUUGAGUUCACAAACUAUGAUCAGUAUUGGACGCUCAUUGAUGACCUUCACCUUUGAUAUGGGCUAUUUUCAGUCUUGGCCACACGAGCUUCGGUAUUUACGUUCGUUAGCCACCCUUAAGAUAGGUUACAUUCCAUUUUACGUAUUACCACAAAAUGCUUUUCAUGGUUUUGAAAGCACGCUAGUCAGUCUAGAGAUUCACAACUCAAGGCUGGAAGAAAUUCCACGUGCGUUAUGCAUAUUCAACUCCUUACAAUAUUUAAACUUUUCAUCAAAUCAUAACCUAAACAGAAUGACUUCACAGGUUACCAGUCACUGCACACACAACAGCUUUCAGGUCUCAUUUUUUUAUUUUGAUGAUAAUAACAUGGAAAUAUUUCCAGACUUAAGUUUGUUUCAUAACGUCUACAGUAUGACUGCAAACAAAAAUGGGUUUCUUGUCAUGAAUGGUGACUUUCUAACUUCUUUAAAUUUCACGAUUUACAGUCUUGAUCUAAACAGAAACAAUUUUACUCGAAUACCAUACGCGGUAAAUGAAUUCAGAUCAUUGGCGCAGUUGAACAUGGCAUACAACUCCAUAACAAGUGUCGCGGAGCCCGACGUUUCGAAGCUUACCGAUUUGAAUGUCCUCGAUCUGAAAGGCAACCCAAUAUUGUAUAUCUCCAAAGAGUCUUUCAUCAACAAUUUAAAACUAAAUGUGUUAGAUUUAAGCGAGACCAGACUGUCCCAAAUACCCGUUGCCGUUAUGACCCUUAGUAACCUUGUUCAGUUAGGCUUAGACAAUACUCCCGUUGACUGUACGUGUGACCUGGCAUAUUUGAAGUCUUGGAAUAAAACCAACACAAUUUCUGACACAUCCCACUGUUACCUAUCGACAGAGAAAACCAGAGAUUUUCUUGAACAGUCUCUGAUACAUUGCUAAGACAGAACCUAAACAUUCUUUCUUAAUUCCUGACAAAUUUUCAGGCUUUAAUCAUAUAUUUUUGCCAUUGCUAUCACUGAUGUUUUAAGCAUAUUUAGAUAAUACUGUAACAAUUUUAUAUGUUCUGAACAGUUUGUUUGUGAAAUAUACUGUUAUGGAUUAAUAUUAUUAAACGAUUCUUUGAGAUAGAUACUGCUAUGGAUUAAUAUUUAAUGAACGGUACUUCUUUGAUAUAUACGUGUAUACAGUACUGUUAGUGACUUAUAUUACAGAACGAUUGUUUGAAAAGUUAUGGAUUUAUAUUAAUGAACGAUUCUUUGUUAAACAUUCUUUUAUGGAUUAAUAUUUAUAGUAAUAAAUAAAUGGAAGAUUCUUUGUGAAAUGUACUGUUGUGGAGAAAUAUUAAUGAACGAUCCUAUGUGAAAUAUAGUCGUAUGCAUCAAUAAUUAUGAAGGAUACAUAGUAAAAUGAAAAUAACAAGUUAUGAAUUAUUAAUAUCAUUGAACGAUUCUUUGUUGGAAAAAUACUUAUAUGAACGAUUCUUAUCAACGAUUCGUUGAGAAAUAAACAUGUGUUGAGGAAUUUGAUGCACGAUACAUUGUAUACUGUAUUGUAUAAUUUAUCAUGAACUUUUUAAAUGUUUUAUGAUGUUCGUAUAGAAACACUUUAAUACAUGUAAUAUAUGCUUAUACCACAUGAUAGACUGUUUGGUUGAUAUUAAUUAUAUCUAUAGAUUGAUUGUUGGUGCCUAGAAAAGAUCGUUUCACAAAUAGGUGUUUACCUUAUACCA